AUGGCAUCCAAAACCACGUUCUCAAAGAAUGAAAGAAGAAACAAAAGAACAGUGACAAGCAAUGAAUUGAUAUAUCAUCUCCUAAAUCCUUCAGUGUGUGUUGGAGUCGCCAUCUUUUGGGCGCCCGUAUAUCUGAAAUGGGAAAAGCCACGAGAAUAUUGUCAACUAUCAAAAUGGAACACUAAUCUUGUACUCACGUUCGUCGACUUCCAGUUCGAGCUCUCCGGAUCUGCCGCUGCGACAAACACAACCCAAUGGGUAAAUGGCUAUCAUAGUCACUUCGUUGAUGUAGACACCAAUGAUUGGCUUAAUGGAAAAAAUGGAACCAAAUCGUUGAAAAAUUACCUUUUCGUAAAGAAGACUGAUGAGGAAGCCUGGAAGGAGCGAACUGCCUACCAGAUCAAGAAAUUCGGCAAUCAAUUCCGCCCAGCUGAUACUUCGGAUUAG